AUGCUUCUACCGUCCGCAGUCUCCUGCGACGCCAACAACGGCUACGUCGCGUCGUCGCAACCCUACCGUCUCCAGCCCGCAGCGCAAUUCGCCUCACCACCCAGUAGCCCACCGCCGACCGGGCUCGGCCUCAACAACCUCUUUGCGACCUGCCGCAGCCUCCAGGCACUCCUCGCCGCCGCGCCCGCCCCGAGCACCCUGGCCACCCCUCCCCAGAUCAUCCCGCAAAAGGUCGCCGUCUGCAGCAACAACAUCAACAAUGGCCAACUCCCCAGCCCUCCGCUCACACACGCGCCGUCGCCCUUGAAGCUGCGUCUGCGUCCGCGCAAGCCCGCUUCCCCGGCGGAAAACAACAACACCCCCAGCGUCCACAGUGUAGAGACGCCUCGCAGGCGAAAAGUCGUCAAGCGCGCGCCGCCACCACCACCACUACGCGGCGCCAACAAGAGGCGUCGCAGCGAACAGGACGACGACGAUGUGUCGUCGGACAGCGAGGCUGAGAACCAUCACAACGGCGAGGAUUCGAUCAUGACUGGAGUGCUCCAGACACCAAAGCGUGCGCGCAUCGCGCCGGCCGUCGUCCCGCUCGGCCUCGAGCGGUCCGACUUCCACAACGUGCACGAGCCCCAACCACAGCAGGGCCGCGAUGGCACCGAGGUCGAGGUCGAGGCGGACGGUGAGGAGUGGAGCGCCGAGGACGACAGGAUCUUGGUGGAGCUCGUUCUCGAGAAGCUUAGGCUGUCCAAGGAGCAGUGGCAGGACUGCGCGAGGAGCAUGGGCAGGGACAAGGCCAGCAUCGGGAGGAGGUGGAAGAGCUUGAUGGCACAUGGCGACGUUGGUCUCAAGAGCAACAGCAGGAGUCGACGUGGGCGCAUUCAUGGGUCGUGGAGGUAG